UUUUCCAGUCGGUCAGGAAGAGGAGAAAGGCGGACACAGAAACAUCAAGCGAUGGCUGCUAUCAGGAAGAAGCUGGUGAUAGUUGGCGAUGGUGCAUGUGGUAAGACCUGUCUGCUCAUCGUCUUCAGUAAGGAUCAGUUCCCGGAGGUCUACGUCCCAACUGUGUUUGAGAACUAUGUGGCAGACAUUGAAGUGGAUGGGAAACAGGUGGAGCUAGCACUCUGGGAUACAGCAGGUCAGGAAGACUACGACAGACUGAGGCCUCUUUCCUACCCUGACACUGAUGUCAUCCUUAUGUGCUUCUCUGUAGACAGCCCUGAUAGUUUAGAGAAUAUUCCAGAAAAGUGGACACCAGAAGUGAAACACUUCUGUCCCAAUGUUCCCAUCAUCUUAGUGGGUAAUAAAAAAGAUCUGCGCAAUGAUGACCACACCAGACGAGAACUUGCCAAAAUGAAACAGGAACCAGUUAAAUAUGAAGAUGGCAAAGAGAUGGCGAACCGCAUCAGUGCCUACGGCUACCAAGAGUGUUCUGCCAAAACCAAAGAUGGUGUGAGGGAAGUCUUUGAGAUGGCAACUAGGGCAGCACUGCAGGCCAAGAAACGUGGCAAGAAGUCCACCUGCCUUCUGUUAUAGGCUCUGGGAGAAGAGGAAGCUGCCCUCAAGCAUGGAUGGAGAGGGCAGCUUACAUUGAAAUUUGACAUAGGGGAGGUUAUUGGGGAGGGCUCAGAAAAGUUCUACGGAUGCUCAAUUUCUGAUCACCAAUUACCCUCGGAAAAUUAAAGGGCAUCUGAAAUAAUUUGAUAGGCUUCUACACCUUGGUCCUUAGUCUGUAAAUUAGGUUAUGUGCCAUGUUGAUUGUGUCUAUCAAAAACUUUGCGAUCUAUAGGUCUGAUGGACAGAUGGUGGAUGGUGAUUUGAAGUUGAGUAGAUGUAAACAGGGGUUAAAAUGUGCCAUGAUGGGAAUGAAGAGAGAAAAGGUCCUUACCAGGCCAAAGACAAUAAGGACACAAAAAAAGACAAGAAAAAAGAUAAAUACAAGAUGAUAAGGAUUGAAUUAAGACAAGUGGGUCUUACACAGUAUCGCCUACAUGUAGUGCCUUGAGAGCAGUGGUCAGAAAGAGUAAAGUGAGGGGUGGGGAUUCAUAACCUAGAUGAGGUAUUUUGUCAUUUGUAGUGUUCAAACCUUACGUUUGUGAAUGCUUCUCCCUGUCAUUGGCUUGGUUCCUUCAGGCCCAUGUUCUGACUCAGGCGCUAUGCAGGGGUAUGCCUAAAAUAGAUUGUAUGAGAUAUUUUCCCAUACUGAAUUACUUUUACCUGUACUUAAGUGUGUGUGUGUGUGUGUGUGUGUGUGUGUGUGUGUGUGUGUGUGUGUGUGUGUGUGUGUGUGUGUGUGUGUGUGUGUGUGUGUGUGUGUGUGUGUGUGUGUGUGUGUGUGUGUGUGCGCGCGCAACUGUAUGGUGGUUUGUUUUCUCCAGUGCAGGUCUGCAUGCAGUGAAUGUGUGUAUAUUUGUGUGGGUGUGUAUUAACAUAUGUGUCUAUGUACUGUAUGCAUGGAAAGGCCUUCUGCGUCACUGACCUAACCCCUUGUAUCCAUGCCAAAGUUACCCCUGACGGCCACAUUUUGUGGCUCAGACGGGUAAUGGAAUUAACAGUUACUCAGAGUGACAUAGAAACCUUCACUUUACUGGAAGAAAUUGUACUAUAGCUAGAGGCACAAUCAGGUUAAACAUAAUGAGUUUUUAGGACCUUUUUUUGUGUAUACAAGAGAUUCAUUUAAUUGUGUUAAUCAGUGGGUCAAAUCAUGAGUGGUGUAGUUGGUAAGUUGAAUAUUAUUUCAGUUAGAUUAUAGGCUUAUUACUAUAAUGUUCAUAAUGUACUGUAUGUCUUACAAAGCCUUGUAAGGACAUGUUAAUGAUGUGUAUUUCAAGUUUGCCUUUUGCUCCUCAGCCCCCUUUAAUGAUAUUGUACUAUAACUUUUUAAUGUUGUUGUCUCUAAUUUUCUUAGUAUAUUUUAAUCAUUUACUUAAUCCUGCUGUUAUGAUCAGCUUAUGAUAAACUGUAACCAUAGUAACGUGUCAUUAGUUUUAAUUGAAGGUCAAGCUUGGGGUGCAAGGCUGGAAGGUUUUUGGGGGUGGGUUGCUAGAUGACUUUUUUUUUUUCCUCUUUGUUUUUUGUACUGUGACAUCUUGGGAUUUCUGGAUUUUUUGUUUUAUCAAAUAAAGCUGGUAUUAGGGUUUUCUGUU